AUAAAUACACUCAUACGUAGAAUUCAUACAAUGAAGUUAAUAGGCUCAAAAGUUUGUUAUCUUCGAAUACAAAUAUGACCUUAAAUACUAAAGGUUAAGUUGAAGAUAACGUCUAUUUGACUACUGGAUACAGUUUGUUAUAGAAUCGUGGAUGAAAUAAGCUGGUCAGUAACAGCUAGACGCUAUAGUGGACUUACCUGUCGCAUUAACGUCGCAGGCAUUAGACGAUUUCCACAAUGAGUUGCUUUUCCGGUGUGGCGAGGCUGUUGCUGGUUAUUAUCAACAUCGUGUUCAUGUUACUAGGUUUGGUGAUCACCGCGCUGGGCCUGGUACUGCGCUACGGGGAGGUCCUAUAUCGCCCCUUCCUCAAGGUGGGCAUCAACGAGCUACAGGAAGUGCUGGACAACACCAAGAUGGCGACCUUCAAGGUUGAGGAUAUAAACUUCGGGGAGGUGCUGGUCAGUCUCUCCAUCGGCCUCAUAAUCGGCGGACUGGUGCUGUUUAGUCUCUCAUUCCUUGGCUGCUGUGGCGCCUGCUGUAAAUUCGAAUUCUUUCUCUACUUAUACGCAAUCGUAAUAGGCGUGGCGUUCGUAGCAGAGGUUAUAGGAAUUGGGCUGUUGUACGGAAUGCCAUCGUUGGUCAAGGACAAGGCUAAAACGUCGAUGUCCAUGUACAAAGGCAUCGCUUCCUCUGAGGUGUAUAGUUUAGCUUGGAAUGUAAUUAUGAUACAGUUUCAGUGUUGUGGCGUCGACAGUUACCGCGAUUUCAAUGAGUCCAACGCCUGGGAGAAGCACCCGAUACCCAACAACCCCAGUCUGACGUUGCAGACCCCCAUCGCAUGCUGCAAAACGUUGCCGUCUGGGACGUUACAUUCGGACUUCAUGUGUGCAAUUCAAUAUAACAGUCUCACAAGCAAUGGAGAAAUGGGUUGCUAUGACGCAGUGUGGAAGGCCUCAUUCGGAAAUCCAGCCAUAGCCGUCCCUGUGUUACUUGUGUGUGCAUUAAUACAGAUAGUGUUUGUCCUGUCAGCGAUCAGUAUUAUAAGGGCGGAAAACAGAGGAGUAUCUCCUAUUUGAUCGUCAUUUCAACCAUCUUCUGUAAGGCGGGUGGUGAAGUAAACGUGUCAGUCAUACAAAUGGUCUGUACGGUGCUAUCAAACUGACUACGGAAAUCCAGGGAUCAAAUGAUGCCACGUUGUGUUCACAGCACUUGCUCAUAUUAACCAUGCAUAUCAGGCUAUGGUACUGUUUGAAAAAAAAAAGAUGUACACUGACUGUUAAUGGGCGAAGUACACAGUAUGCGUUGUGACGAGCAAUCCUUGAUGUGAUGAACAUAUAUGUAAUAUAUAUAUGUGACAAACGUGAUAUUAUCUCACUUUAUUAUGACCUUAACAGUUUAUAUGUACGACUUGUUUAAGACUAAGUUCUGAGGACAUUAUCAUUUACUAUGACUCCUCGUCUCCCUGUGAUCACAAGUGUAUUUAUAAUAUAGGCAUAAUAAUGCAAAAAAAUAACAAUGCAAGAUGCAAUGAACAUUCUUUACAAACAAAGGGCAUUGUAGAACUGCAUGGUAUUGUGACAUGAGCUUUUAUAUAAAACAAAUAUAAGCGUAUUAUGUUUAAGUAACUUUAUUCUUGAAUGCAAAUUAUUAACGGAACAAAAUGCAAAUUAUUAACGGAACAAAAUAUAUGCCAUAUCAUUACAGACAAAGCCAAACUAUUAACACAUUUAUUGACUAAUAGCUUCAAAUAAUGGGCGAUUGAUAUAAAUAAAUGUGUUCGAUCGUAAGAUAAAUUUGUUUCGUCCAUUUAAAUAAUUAUGAUUGUUCGAUCUCAUAAUACCGGUGUAUCAUUCAUUUUAUGCAUUAUGAUUUGUUUUGAAACGCAUAUACCUGGUUACUACUACUAGUAUAUGCGUAUGUGUUAUGUACCGCAUCGUUUAUUGUUGUUACUUACACUUUAUAAUGGAGGGACCGAACGGGGAGAUAAUAGAUUAUUUGCCAUUAAAGACAUAUUUGCUAUGAAUCAUACUUGAACAUCUUUAUCAAUUAAGUUGUUAUAAAAUUAUAUUUUCCUAUGAAAUGCAGUGUUGCAAGCCUUAAGACUGUUUAUUGCUUUGUUUCGGAUAGACAGUCUAAACGAGGCGUUACUAUACCUCAGUUAAAUAGGUGUGAUUAUUUCAUUUAUUGAACACGGUACGUACAUGUUUUGCUCUAACCUGUCUAUUUUAUCAAAUAGGUAGUCUAGAAGGCAUUCACAUCAGUACAUAAACAGGUCACUGCUAUAAAGAAAAGUAUGAUACACCGGUAUAAACUGUACAUUGUUCGACACAAAACUUAAAAAAUGUUGGAAUUAUAAAAACGUAUUAAGUUACAUUUUCUUCCUCGAGGUAUCGCCAUAAAUACUCUUUUGAACUAAAAGUUACUAUAACAAAUAUAAAAUUUACGAUUACAUUGAAACUAUCUAUAACAUAUAAAAUACGAAUUGAAAUUCUAAACUGUCAUUUAAAUUAUAAACUGGCAAAAUAUUAACUUCCACUUGUUUGUCCAUGGUAAAUUCUGACCCAUUUUUUAUAAACAGAAUGUAUAUAUUAAACUGUUAUUUUCAUAUAAGAUGUAUAAAAAUGUGAUAAACUGUUAUUGUUUCUGCUUAUGUUAAAGAUAUUUUUCUGUAUAUGCUGUUUUGUUUUAUGUAGUUUUGUUUUCAAAAUUGUUAUAAACGCGCUUACGUAUACAUAAAUUUAUUGCCAUUAA